AUAAUGUUUCAAUAAAUUAUAAAAGACGGUCUGGUCUCUCUCUUCUCCAUCGUCAAGGUUCAAGCUCUCAAGUACUAACUAGCUCAAAAAAGGGUCACUGUUCUAAACACACAUCCCAAAAGUUCAACUACCCAGAUGAAGUAAGAACUGAACUAUGGGAAGACAUUUGAUCCUUGUACUUCUCAUUCUUGCUGUUUUAGCUUCUGGGUUUUCUUCAACUUCAGCCAGUACGCCUCCUGCAAAAAUUGUAGGUGGGAUCGUUUCAAAUGUGGUCUCUACGUUUGUUAAAUGGCUUUGGUCGCUGAAAUCAUCGACUACGAAACAAGGUCUAGGUUUUUCUUCAAGUUCGAGUCGAUCGAUGAUGAAAUUCGAAAGUGGGUAUUCUGUUGAGACUGUGUUUGAUGGAAGUAAACUUGGAAUUGAACCACAUUCGGUUAAAGUAUCUCCAUCUGGAGACCUUCUAGUUUUGGAUUCUGAGAACAGCAACGUUUACAAGAUCUCAACUCCAUUAUCUCUCUAUAGCCGGCCUAAACUAGUUGCUGGAUCGCCCGAAGGUUACUCAGGGCAUGUCGAUGGGAAACCGAGAGAAGCUAGGAUGAAUCAUCCUAAAGGAUUUACUGUGGAUGACAGAGGAAAUGUUUAUAUUGCCGACACCUUGAACAUGGCAAUCAGGAAAAUCAGCGACUCAGGCGUGGUGACUAUUGCAGGCGGGAUAUGGGGAAGAGGAGGCCAUGUUGAUGGUCCGAGUGAGGAGGCAAAGUUCUCCGAGGAUUUCGACUUGGUUUAUGUUGGAAGUAGCUGCUCUCUUUUGGUUAUAGACAGAGGAAACCAAGCAAUCCGACAGAUCCAACUUCAUGAAGAUGAAUGUUCCCCUGCCCAUUAUGACAACAAUCUCCACUUAGGAAUCGCGGUUCUCGCAGCUGCAGGAUUCUUCGGUUACAUGCUAGCCUUGCUGCAACGUAGAGUUGCAGCUAUGUUUUCAUCCUCAAAUGUUUCCGAUAUUAAUCCGUAUGCUAGCAUUGGUGCACCGGUGGUAACAAAUCCUUCUUAUCAAAGGCCAAUAAAAUCUGUGAGGCCACCUCUAAUUCCAAACGAGGAUGAGUACGAUAAACAGGAAGAAGGUUUGUUCGGUUCAUUGGGCAGGCUUGUGAUGAAUGCAGGUUCAUCCAUGGGGGAGAUCUUUGCAGGAUUAUUCUCAAGGUCUAGAAAGAAGCCAAUUAAUCAUCAUCAGCACUACCAACAACCAAACCGCCAUCCAAACGCAUGGCCCAUGCAAGAAACAUUCGUUAUCCCGGAUGAGGACGAGCCACCAUCAUUGGAGAAGAGAAAUCUCACGACGAAAAGAGCGUACCCCUUUGCUGCUAAGGAGAUGGAGAGGACUACCCACCAGUUUAAGCAAGGCCGCCCCAUCGAACAACAACAGCAGCAACGAGGGUGGGGUGGCAGUUUUAACAACCAUCAACAACAACAACAAUAUCAUCAACGUCAUUACUCAUCGGGUCCCCAAACCUAUUACGAACAAAGCUGCGAGAGCAAUGAGGUAGUGUUUGGCGCGGUUCAAGAGCAGGAUGGACGACGUGGAGCCAUGGUGAUCAAGGCAGUUGACUAUGCUAGAGAUCCUCGGCAAGACAAUGGUCAUGUUAGGUCUAGGUAUAUGGGUUAUUCCUAUGGUUAUUAAGAGGAUGUUUGGCCAAUGUUGCUUGUAUUUUGUUGUCAUUUUAGUUUCUUUUAUUUGUUUAUUUUUCAGCUUAACAUUUGUAGACUUGUUUGCUAGUAUUUUUUUUUCUCUUAAGUGGACGAAGGAAAUGUGUAAGAUAUAUUCUGUAGAAGAAAAGGAAGGCAUAUUUAACA